GUUCGUUAAUUGUUUAUGUUUACAUGUUGCCAUGCUGCGCGUGUGUAUCGGCUUUCGCGGUAAUGAAAGACGGUUGACCCGUGAUCUUUUUUCCUGAUUUCCGUUCGACUAAUUUCUAAGUGUACUGUUUCUAAAAAAGAGAGAGCGGGGGAAUACUGUGCGCAGAGUACCAGGAUUUUGUAUACGUUGGACGUACUACAGACCUACAACCAUGGGUUGUGCCACGUCCUCGGAGCCCAAACGGACGGGUGCGGAAUACGGCCAGUACAGCAUGCUGGGUAAUUACCACCAAAAACACGAAGACAAGAAACCACAGCAACAGCAGCAGAAGAAUGGCGGACCACCGCUAGCGCCGACAGAUGAGGACUUGUAUCACACCGACACUGAGGACGAGGAUGCUAAUCGUCUGACACCACCACCACCCAUAGCUAAUCCCAAUAAUUCUAAACAAGAAGAGCAAACUCAAAAGAAGGAAGACACCCAGCCACCACCUGUUGUUCUGCCGCCUGAAAAGAAAGAGGAAGAGGUCAUUCCACCCCCGCCGCCAGCAGAACAGAAAGAAGAGGAAAUCAUCCCCCCUCCGCCGCCAGCAGAACAGAAAGAGGAGGAAGUCAUCCCCCCUCCGCCGCCAGCAGAGCAGAAAGAGGAGGAAGUCACCCCCCCUCCGCCGCCAGCAGAGCAGAAAGAAGUUAUUCCCCCUCCCAGUGGUGGUUCCACAACUGAUCUGGCGGGGGCUGUGGAGAGUGAGGAAAAUGAACCGGAAGAGCGCGGCCGGAGGACAGGGGUGGACUUAGUGGUGGUCAGUCAGGAAAUGGUACCUGAAAGGUACCACAGCCCAGAGCCUCCUAAGUUUGGGGAAAAUUACGUUCAAAAUGAUCUUGGCCAGUUUGAAAUACAUCAGGACUUCCGUAAAAAUCCGGAGGACUACGAUUACGAGGCUCGGCCCCAGGUCGCUCCUGGACAACUCUUCAUAGAUUCGGAAUUUUCACUCAAUGCGGCCAUGGGAAGUGAAUAUAGCAAAAAACAGCUAGAGUGGAAACGCCCACCCGAAUUUGUCAACAGCCCGUGUCUGUUUUCUGAGGGCACCACACGCUAUGACAUAGGUCAAGGAUCCAUUGGGACGUGUUGGUUCCUGUCAUCUGUGGCUAAUGUUGCUGAUAAACCUAGUCUCCUUAGAAGGAUUAUCCCUAGAGAUUCCUACCCCGUGGGAACUCCCCAAUAUGACGGCAUAUUCCACUGCCGAUUCUGGAGAUUUGGCAUUUGGGAUGACGUUUUUAUCGACGAUUAUCUGCCAAUAAUCUAUGGAAAUAAAAUUUACUCCGCCCACUCUAACACCGACCCGAACGAAAUGUGGGUGGCAUUGCUGGAAAAGGCUUUCGCAAGGAUGUACGGCAGCUACACGGAUGUGUCGGGUGGAAUGGCGGCCGAUUCCUAUAUGGCUUUGACAGGGGGCGUAUCCGAGGACAUCGACCUCAGAAAGAUGACCAUGGAACCCCCACAGCUUCACACACGUGUCAGGAACGCCCUCUUCUCCGGGGCUGCAGUCACGUGCAGUGUUCCGGCGGAAUUUGAUCAGCAGCAUGGAUUGGUGGGAGGACACGAGUACACGUUAACGGGUGCUGUAAUGGCAAACGGGGUUCGCUUAUUCCGUGUAAGGAAUCCCUGGGGUAACACUGAGUGGACAGGCCCAUACAGUGAUGGGAGUCCCGAAUGGCAAAGCCUACCAAAAGACACGAUUGAGGCCCCGAACAAGGACGAUGGAGAGUUUUACAUUUCACUCGAACAUUUCCUCCAUUUCUUUAGCACUCUGACAAUCUGCAACAUCACACCAGACUUUGAUAGAGACGGAUCUUCGGAUUCCCUCAAAUACUGCACGUGCUUAUACGGUAAAUGGGAGGGAGAGGAAGCCGCUGGAUUUAACGACAAGAUAAGCAACCCAAAGUUCCAUUUUGAAAUCACCGAGCAAAGUGUCGGUGCAGAUGGGAGUGUACCUUUUGUUGUACAGAUCAUACAGCGUACCAAACAGAGAAAGGCCAAGAAAGUCAGCAUCCGGGCCGACCUCUACAGGGUCGUGGAGAGUGGAGCUAACGAUUUACUUGUUUUACAAGAAGAGGGAAUCCCCAGUAAAAAUAACAACUACAGAGGAGAUGCCCAGGCCUGCUUCCGGUUCUCACUGAAACCCGGAAAAUAUAUCUGUAUACCCUCCACCAUGCAGGCGGGCCAGGAACGGGAGUUUAUGGUUCGAAUGUUCAGCGCAGGUCCACUGGGUGAUAUUAAAAAAGUGGAUUCGAAUGAGACGACCGUUAUGAACUGUAGCGGAGAGGGAGCUGAGCAAUAUAAGCAUGUGAAAUGUGUCACGGGUCAAUGGACGGCCGGGUCGAAUGCCGGAGGACAAGUUUCAAACAACACUUUCCACAUCAACCCUCAAAUCAAGAUCGACAUUCCCAGUGCUCAACAAGUGAAAUUCCAGUUAUUGGCAGCUUCCGGUGAAUCUCGGUAUCCUAUUGGUUUCAAACUUUUCCAGGCUAAUGGAGAACCGGUUCCCGCGAGCUUGGAUUGGCUGUACGAGAACUACAGCAACGCCGUCAAGACAACAGAGGGAGAUGACGGACAGUUCAUCAUGGGUGGCUCCGCCCCCGCAGAGUAUUCCCUGGGACCCGGAUGCUACAACUGUUUACUCCACAUGGACCAGCCCGACACAGAGAAGCGAUUUGCCUUGGUUAUUCGAUCCAUUACUCCACUGGAUAAUAUCGAAACAUUCCAAAUGGAAUAAUAACCAAGAAAAUCUACACGAACCUACUCACGUGAUCAUACUCACGAGAUCAUACUCACGUGAUCGGAACAGCCUGUAUUGAGAUUGUCAGCUUCCCUGGGAUAUUGUGAUUUUCUUAAAUUUAUUUUUUGCAUGGGUUCAGAAACCAAUUGAAUACGACAUUCAUCUAAAGUAUAAGUUAUAGACUAUGUGAAUUUUGUUCUCAUCUGUUCAAUACUUAUUCAAGAGAUUGUACAUUAUGUAUAUAUAUAUCCGUAGAAAUGAUGUUUACAAAUAGUGUAAUUCUGUAGCUAUUUGUUUACGGAACUAAGAAAUAUAUAAAAUAAAUUACGAAGAGCAGACUUUUAAAUUACUUUUGCACAAAUGAAAAAAAAAAAAUAAAAAAAAAUAAUGUUAUAAUGAUUGAUUUUUUAAGGUAUGUUCUAACAAUGCGUUGAGUUGUACAUGUAUACAGUAUUUUCCUAAUUUUACAGGACUGCUACUCUUUAUGCCGGAACUUUUUGUUUUAUUUUGUUUGGUUUGAUUUUUAUGGAUGCAAACUUUUCGCACGUUUUAAACGUUGUCGACUCAUCGAAAGCGAAUCUGUGAUAUUAUUUGGCUUUUGACAGAACUAGAUUAGAUAGUUUUAUUAAUUUCAGUUAGAGUUUUUCCAUGUUCUUUUCUGCGAUCCGUCCAAGGUUUUUACUCAUCGAUUUCUUAUGUUACAUUUCAUUUUGUUGUACAUAUAUAUGUUUACUAUUUAUUGAUAUUAUCAUGAUAGGAAAUAGAAAUUUUUUUUUUGAAUGACACAAGGAGAAAACACUUGCACAUUGACGAUAUUAUGUACAUGUAGGACCCCUUACGUACCUAAUUAAAAAUGUUCAUAAAUUCUAAGUUUAUAUUCUCAUAACAGCACCUGAAGCGUAAAAGUUUAGCUGUGCAUUACAUUGUUGUAGAAAUAUACAAUGUAUGUGUAUCAUAUUAAGAUUUAUCACUUCCUCAUCCCUAAUGAAUAAAAACAUUGUGGGUUUUUUUUUUCGGGGAUGGGGUGGUUUCAAAUGAGACGGUCAAAUAAUUCAAUAAAAAUUAAACUUCGCUAUUUUUCAAAAUUUAGUUUGACUUGUUUCGUGAACAAUUUUAGUUAAAUUCUUUUAUUCGUAUCAAGUGGAAUAAGAUUUGUACAGAAUUGUACCGAAUUAUUCCGGAGUUAUUAUAAGCGACAGGUCACAGUACUUUGGAUGAUAUUAACAGGGGGGGGGGGGGGGGAGGGGGGGGCGGCAACCUUAACGGAGGUCAAUGGUUUCUGAUCGUAUAUAUAUAUAUAAUUUCAUUUGUCAUAUAUCUUCAAAAUCGUUGUCCAUCAUGCUAUUCCCAUAACUGUAUAUUUAUGAGCUUUGAAUUCGACUUUAUAUUUCACCGUAUUUUCCACAUUUUUGAAUUGAUAUACAUAAUGUAUGUCUUUGUUAAAAGGAAAAUAUGACUAUUGUCAGUUUAUCAUGUCUGUGUGACAAUCUAAAAUUUAUUGUCCGUUUUGUUUCUAUCGUAGCCAAACAUUGAUAUUGUAAACGUACCUGUUUUAAAAUUUGUUUUAUUUUUAUUCUUAUUUGCAUAUUUUAUGUGUGUUCCCAAAUCGCCGCUUCUGUAAAUUGAAUUCCAUCGUUUUCAGGACACAAUUGUUCAUAUUGAUAUCUGUCUCAGCUGUACACUGACCACCAUCUUAUUUAUACUUGUGACGUAAUCCAUCUGUACAGAAGAAUCAUACCAUUACAGUUUAUACUCUCCUAUAGUGGUUUAUCCAUAUUUUAAAAUCCAAUUUGUCUGUUCAUAAAAUUUUAUGUUUUAAAAAGAUAUAUAUAUUUUAUUUAUCUGUUUUUGAAAUAAUGUAUGUAUUUUCUAUUCUGUUCUUACUUGUUGGUUCUCUUUACAGGUCAUUAAAUUUGCAAAGUUUA